ACUCCGCGGAUCGACUUCUCUGUGAGCAGCUUGUCAUCCCUGAAGUCCAUCUGCUUUCCUGCUCCUGUUAGCUCGAGGAUCACACAGCGACGAAUUUCAUUCAUCUUCUACUGUCAUGGCGGAGCCAAUAAUUCGGCAGAUCAAAAUUAAAACGGGCAUCGUGAAGAGGCUGGCCAAAGAGGAGCUUUCAUACAUAAACGAAGCAAAGGAGCAAGAGGAGAAAGUGGAGCGCCUGAAAGCAGAGGGAGGGGAUGAAUUCCUCAUCAAGAAACAGAUGGAGGUGCUGCAGGAGUCCAGAAUGAUGGUGCCAGACUGCCGCCGCCGCCUCACUGUAGCCCACGCAGACCUGCUUCAGUUGCUAGAAACAGAAGCGGAUCUGGCCGAAUCAGAGGAGUACAAAGAAGCUAGGAAAGUACUGGACUCAGUGAAGCUUGAAGGAUAAUUUCUGCCGGCUUUCUGUUCUCGCCGCUGGAUUCUCGCCGGCUUAAAUGUCCAUUCCCUUUUCUCCAGGCCUUGUUCAGAACCACAGAGACCAACAGAAUCCCCUCAAAGUUUCUUGCUCUUGAUGUAAUUGUUUCUGCUGUUUACUCCUAAUGCCUCCCACCUCCAUUUGUUCAACUCCUCCUGUGUGUAAAUCCCAUAAGAACACAGUGAAAUAUUGUUUAUGAACACCACGGAGCGAAGGGGGCUUCUCAGCGUUUUUGAUUAUUAAACGCUCACUUUCGGUCCAUUACGUUUCGAAAGGCUUUUUUUUUUUUGCAUUUUCUUGAGACUUUUCAUGAAUUUGAAUGUUUUGCCUUCUCUGGGACAAGUUUCUGUCGUCUCAGAUUAUGUUAUUUUCUCUUGUUUAGCCUUUUUGUUUUUGAAUAAAUAAAAAGUACGGUGAAGAAUGAUCUCUAACAAAUCAAAGCCCAAAUAUGCACUGUGAAGUUUCUCCUAGAGGUAUUUUGUCAGGUAUUUUUUUUCCCAACUUUAAUGUAGGUUUUCAUUUCUUUUUCAUUAUUAUUAUUUUAAUCCACUUAGCUAAGCAUUUGGAAGAAUUUAAUUGCAUGUAUGUUCCUGCUAACCACACUGAACUGGAUUGUGUCUUGAUGCCUACAAUAAAGACAAGAGCACUUUGGGAAA